CGAAGAAGUAGAAGAAGACGAAGAAGAACAAACGAAAGCGAGGGAUUGGUUAUUUUUGUUUUACACGAGUCUUUAUUUUCGCAGAUAUUUGCCACUCCACUCCAGUAACUUAAAAUUGAGAGGUUUAGAACGGCAUUAACACAGCUAACAUUACAUAACUGAUAUUAAAUUUAGCCGGUUAGCUGCUAGCUAGCUAGCUAGCUGGGUAGCUUCUAGCGGUGUGUAGUUUUAACUACAAGUGAAGCCUAUCGGAUCCUCUGUCAUUACUGUGAAGGCUCUGUCGAAGACCAGCACACCAAGGAGAUAUCCGGGUAUCUCAGUGCCUGAGAAAAGAUGGAAGCUCCACCAGUAACAGUGAUGCCUGUCACCGGGGGCACAAUCAAUAUGAUGGAAUAUCUGCUGCAAGGCAGUGUGUUAGACCAGGCCCUGGAAAGCCUUUUGCAUCGCCUCCGAGGUCUGUGUGACAAUAUGGAACCCGAGACCUUCACAGAUCAUGAACUAGUUUAUCUUCUGAAAGGCCAACAAGGAAACCCUUUCAUUCUGCGUGCCCGACGCGCUCUCUCCCAUCCCACAUCUCCAUGGCAUCUCCGCUACCUAGGCCAACCUGAAGUGGGAGACAAGAGCCGGCAUGCCCUGGUGCGCAACUGUGUCGACGUGGCAGCCUCUCACAGUUUGCCGGAGUUCCUCAAUGAGAUGGGUUUCCGCAUGGACCAUGAGUUUGUUGCUAAUGGACACAUAUUCCGCAAAGGUGCUAUGAAAAUUGUGGUGAGCAAGCUGUCGCGCAUCCUGGUACCAGGGAAUACAGAGAACACGGAGCGUCUGUCACUUUCGUACCUUGUGGAGUUGAGUGUACUGGCUCCUGCUGGCCAGGACACUGUGUCGGAGGACAUGCGCAGCUUUGCCGAGCAGCUCAAACCCCUGGUUCACCUGGAGAAGAUUGACCCCAGCAAACAGAGACAUUAAAUGACAUAAUUUAGUCUUUCAAGUGAUUUCUGACUACUACGGACAAAUUACACAUCCUGUUAUUCAUUAUUUCCUAUGUUUUUUUUCACAUUUUGCCUAAAAUUAAAUACAAUUUUACCUCGA